CUGCAAUUGGAGAAGUUGGGAAAGUUGGGACUUGGUGAAACGGCUUCUCUCGGUGGUUGAGAUCCAUAAAACAUGAGCACCCCAGUGAUCAACACUUCCUCCUUCCCUCCGACGGAGGCGCUGUCCAUGAAUUUCAGCAGCCCCCCCAGCCCCACCUUACUACCAGCUGCCCUGUCCCCCCCGCUCCCCACCAUCAUCGUCGUGUUCUGCCUCUUCAUCCUCUUUCUGAGCUGUGCCACCUUCCUGGCUGUGUGCAGGCCAUCUACAGGGGCGGGGCUCCCCCAUGGGGGGUGUGGCCUUGGGGAGCCCCUCCCUUGCAGCCCAUCCCCGCCCAGUGAGCCACAGCUGCGCCUGUGGAAGCGGCUGGGCUCCAUGCGUCGCUCCCUGACGUCUUCAUUCCGGAGGCCCCCCCAGCGACGGCCUGACAGGAGGGCGUCGCCGUCUACCACCCCCCCGCCACACCUCAGUGUGCCCUGCCUCUAUGACCAUGCCACUGAGAUCUGACCGCCCCCCCCCCACGGAAGCUCCUGCUGACCGCACCUGCUCCCUGUUGCCAGACUGCAACGAAGGAAUCUACCAUAACAUUCGGGUGGCUUGAAUGCAGAGAGGAUGAUGGGAAAUGAAGUUCAGAGUCAAUUUAAGCCUCACCUCUCAAAGGCAAUGUCACAAUAUCAUGUAUUAACUGGACUUGCAGGGUGAUGUUAAUUCAGAAUAAGGCUGGGAGGACCGUAACUGUGGGUAGUCAGCACCACAAAUAGGGAAGAGGCUGCAAUUACGUUCAUCCUACGUUCUCCUAACACUAGUGCCUAACCUUGCCUUUAUUAUCCUCUUUUAGUGGUUAAAUGGAUGGCCUUUCUUUCUAAGCUUAAGACGCCAUCCCUGAUGCAAAGUUGGGGGCAGAGGUAGAAAGGGGAGAGGCUCUGUCUAUCAUAGACAGAACCUAGAAGUUACUACACCAGGAUGAAACUAUCACCAAAUCACAAACCCAUUGAAACAGAAUAAUUCUGUGUAUGCAAUAACACAGAUACAAAUGAGUUUCCUGCAAACAUCUCAGCAAACAAGCUGGGUCAGUGCGACUUGACUACUUCACAGAUCUGUUAUAAGUUCACGAGAGGCCAGAGGGACCUGCACGUGAACUUGUGAACUUGUAAACAAAUGCUGCGCAAACCUUUUACUGAGGCAGAAGGCGGUUUCGCCUGCUCCUGCUCUUCAUGAGAGACUGCGCGCAUUCGGCUCUGCCUCGGCACUGAUGUAGUAACACUUCAUCUCUCACUUGACUGUUUACACAAGAACCUGUCAGGCUUCCCACCCGGUACACUCCAUCAUGCCAACAUGCUCCCCAUGAAUGGGUCUUAACAUGCCGGACUGUACCAUCUCAGCAAAACUGCCGAGAGGAAGGGUGUGUCUUUGGACCCUACCAUCACAAUGUAGCAUCUCUUUGAGGGGUGCAUGUUCUUCCUCCACUAAACUGACAUUUCCUGAAAGGAGCUUCUUAGGUAACUACUUUUUGAGGCAUUCCUCCUUAGACAAAAGCCGGGGGGAUCUGAUUUUAAUUUUAACUACUUUAUAUUGUUACUAUUGAAAGCUGCAGCACAAGUAGCACAGCUAAUAGCUGAAUCAUGAUUGGGGUUAAUGGUUCAUUCCAGGCCAGUCUCAGUCUCUAAUGUGAGUGUCAGCAUAACUCUAUGACCAUCUCACCGUUUUCUCCUUAAACAUACAUACACUCAUUGAUCUACUUCUUUCCAAAGUUCUACAGCUGUUUUCCAUCAAGUGCCUCUCUUAUGAUGCAAUCCAUCCAUUUUUAUAAGACAAUAAAAAAAGAAGACUUUCC